CUGAUUUGUAGCGCUUUUAUUUUGUAUUUAUUUUUUCGAUCCCAUUCCCUUUGCUUGCUCUCUCCUCAUUCCGAGCGUCUGCCUCAUUAGCCACAGUAUUCGCUUCGCUGUUGGAGGAGCGUUCAAGGCGUGCGCUCCAGCCCACCUCCCUGGCCUUAAGCUGAUCUUGCGUGUUGGCAGAGAGCGGAGAGGAGUUCCUUUUCUGGAAGGACCCCCGCCACCUCGCCACUCUCCCCACCUUGAACACACACUCGCCUGUCAGAGAUGUGGAAAGCCUCAUUCCGUGUCACGCCUGCGAGAGAAGCGCAUGGUAAAAAGGCAGGAGGGAGUGGAUCUGUUUUUUUCCCACCCUUCCCCGCCACUUUCUCCACUUUUCCUUUUGCAUCCUUCUUUUUCUUUUCCUGAGCUUUUAGGGUACUCUCAGGUAGACACCCUUCCUUCAUCAAAUCCUCUCUCUCUCUUUUUUUCUCUGCCGCUCUAUCUCUCAGCGUCUACCCCACCCUUGCCAGAGAGCGCCGCUAAUUGCGAAGGCAGCCGAGUGGGAGUGGACCUUCGUGGAGAAAGAGGAGGAGGAGAGCAUCAUCUCCUCUCGAUGACUGUGGCCAUGGAGCUCCACUGACGAUGAGCUCCCAAAUGCUGGAUUAAACAAGGCACAACAACAAAAAAGAAGGGAGAAGAAGAAGAAGUGACUCUCAAAAUGAGUGAGGAGGCAAAGGAGAAGACGGCAGUGGGAGGAGGAGGAGGAGGGGGAAAGGGGGCUCAUCGCAAAAAGAAAGGCAAAAAGUCUGACAGUAAUGCCAGUUACCUGAGAGCUGCCCGGGCUGGAAACCUUGAAAAGGUUCUUGACUACCUCAAGUGUGGGGUCGAGAUUAACAUUUGCAAUCAGAAUGGCUUGAACGCUCUCCAUCUAGCCUCCAAAGAGGGGCACGUGGAGGUUGUGGCUGAGCUGCUGAAACUCAGCGCCGCUGUGGAUGCAGCUACCAAGAAAGGAAACACUGCCCUGCACAUAGCCUCGCUGGCCGGCCAAACGGAAGUCGUCAAAGAGCUGGUCACUUACGGAGCCAAUGUCAACGCACAAUCUCAGAAUGGCUUCACUCCUCUGUAUAUGGCGGCCCAGGAGAAUCACCUGGAGGUGGUACGCUUCCUUCUGGAGAACAGCUCCAGCCAGAGUAUGGCCACUGAGGAGAAUCGCCUGCCUGUUGACCUCUUCUGGAAUGUGACUGAGAUCUUUGUCCAUCCAUCGCCGACUCCCUCCUCUCCUCACUAUCUGCAGGAUGGCUUCACCCCUCUGGCGGUGGCCCUCCAGCAGGGCCAUGACCAGGUGGUCUCCUUGCUUCUGGAGAACGACACCAAGGGCAAAGUGCGUCUGCCUGCCCUGCACAUCGCCGCCCGCAAGGACGACACCAAGGCCGCGGCCCUGCUCCUCCAGAACGACCACAACGCAGACGUGGAGUCCAAGAUGAUGAAUAGAACAACAGAGAGUGGCUUCACCCCACUUCACAUCGCAGCCCACUAUGGCAACAUUAAUGUGGCUACGCUGCUUCUGAACCGAGGGGCCGCCGUGGACUUCAUGGCCAGGAAUGACAUCACGCCGCUCCACGUGGCCUCCAAAAGGGGCAACAGUAACAUGGUCAAGCUGCUACUGGACCGAGGCUCCAAAAUAGACGCCAAGACCAAGGACGGUCUGACUCCACUUCAUUGUGGGGCGAGGAGUGGCCAUGCACAGGUGGUAGAAAUCCUGCUGGACCGAGGCGCUCCAAUCCUCUCCAAGACCAAGAACGGCCUGUCACCGCUUCACAUGGCCACUCAGGGUGACCACCUGAACUGCGUCCAGCUCUUGCUGCAACACGACGUGCCGGUGGACGAUGUCACCAACGACUACCUGACGGCGCUGCACGUGGCGGCCCACUGCGGGCACUACAAGGUGGCCAAACUCAUCGUGGACAAGAAGGCCAACCCCAACGCCAAGGCCCUGAAUGGUUUCACCCCGCUUCACAUUGCCUGCAAGAAGAACAGAGUGAAAGUGAUGGAGCUGCUGCUGAAGCAUGGAGCGUCCAUCCAAGCUGUAACAGAGUCUGGCCUGACGCCAAUCCAUGUUGCGGCCUUCAUGGGUCACGAGAACAUCGUCCACGCGCUCACACAUCACGGAGCUUCACCCAACACCACCAACGUGAGAGGCGAGACGGCCCUCCACAUGGCAGCCAGGGCGGGCCAGGCCGACGUGGUUCGAUACCUGCUCAAAAACGGAGCCAAAGUGGAGACCAAAUCGAAGGACGACCAGACGGCGUUGCACAUCUCCAGUCGGCUGGGGAAGGUGGACAUCGUGCAACAGCUGCUGCAGUGUGGCGCCUCGGCCAACGCGGCCACCACCUCAGGUUACACCCCCCUACACUUGGCAGCCCGUGAAGGUCACCAGGAUGUCGCCACCAUGCUCCUGGAGAAUGGAGCCUCACUGUCCUCCUCGACUAAGAAAGGCUUCAGUCCGCUACACGUGGCCGCAAAGUACGGCAAGAUGGCGGUGGCCAGUCUUCUCCUGCAGAAGAGAGCUUCACCUGACGCUGCCGGCAAGAGCGGGCUAACUCCGCUGCAUGUAGCCGCUCACUACGAUAAUCAGAGAGUAGCCCUGCUGCUGCUGGAUCAGGGAGCUUCCCCACACGCCGCCGCCAAGAAUGGCUACACGCCGCUGCACAUCGCCGCCAAGAAGAACCAAAUGGACAUCGGCACAACGCUGCUGGAGUACGGCGCCGACACCAACGCGGUGACGCGGCAGGGCAUCAGCCCCAUCCACCUGGCGGCGCAGGAGGGCAGUGUGGACCUGGUGUCGCUGCUGCUGGCCAAGAGCGCUGCCGUUAACUUUUGCAACAAGAGCGGACUUACGCCACUCCACCUCGCGGCUCAGGAGGACAAAGUCAAUGUUGCAGAAGUCCUUCUCAACCACGGCGCUGAUGUCAACACGAAAACAAAGAUGGACUACACGCCGCUGCAUGUGGCUUGUCACUAUGGCAACGCGAAGAUGGCAAAUUUCCUGCUGCAGAAUCACGCCAAAGUCAACGGCAAAACCAAGAAUGGUUACACACCUCUGCACCAGGCAGCUCAGCAGGGCCACACGCACAUCAUCAACCUCCUCCUCCAGCACGGCGCCUCGGCCAACGAACUCACAGCGAACGGGAACACGGCGCUAGCCAUCGCCCGUCGCCUUGGUUACAUCUCGGUGGUGGACACCCUGAGGCCCGUGACGGACGAAAACCUAAAUACUGUGAGUGCAGCUGAAAAACACAAAAUCAAUGUCCCGGAAACCAUGAAUGAGUUCCUGGACAUGUCAGACGACGAUGUUUGGGCCAAUGUGCCUGAAAGUCUCGAGCAGGAGUCAGUGUCAGAUGACGAUGAAGGUGAGGAUGCCAUGACCUGCGACACGGACAAGUACCUGCGGCCCCAGGACCUCAAAGAGCUGGGGGAUGACUCUCUCCCUCAGGAGGGCUACAUGGGCUUCAGCAUCGGACCCCGCUCGGCUAGCCCUAGAAUCAGCCUCCGCUCCUUCAGUUCGGAUAGGUCCAGCACCCUCAACCGCAGCUCCUUCGCCCGGGACAGCAUGAUGAUCGAGGAGAUCCUGGCCCCCACCAAGGACACGCACCUGUCAGUGACGAGGGAAUACAACUCAGAGUGUGUGCGGCGCUACAGCUGGACCCCAGAUACCGUGGACCACGGCCACAACAUCGCGUCCAGCCCCAUCCACUCUGGCUUCUCCUCCCCGCUCCCUCAGUAUGACUCCAGGUUCCUGGUCAGCUUCAUGGUGGACGCCCGCGGUGGGUCCAUGAGGGGCAGCCGUCAUAACGGCAUGCGCAUCAUCAUCCCACCCAGGAAGUGCACGGCGCCCACGCGUAUCACCUGUCGCCUGGCCAAGAGGCAUAAACUCGCCUACCCGCCACCCAUGGUGGAAGGGGAGGGCCUGGUCAGCAGACUGGUGGAGGUCGGCCCGGCUGGGGCGCAGUUUCUUGGUCCCGUGAUUGUCGAGAUUCCUCAUUUCGGCUCCAUGCGGGGAAAGGAGCGGGAACUGAUCGUGUUGAGGAGCGACAACGGCGACACGUGGCGAGAGCACCAGUUCGAUUCCACUCCGGAGGAACUCACGGAGCUGGUCACCGGGAUGGAUGAAGAAUUGGACAGCCCUGCCGAGUUGGAGAAGAAGCGCAUUUGCCGCAUCGUGAGCAGAGACUUCCCCCAGUAUUUUGCUGUGGUGUCAAGGAUCAAGCAGGAGUCAAACCACAUGGGUCCUGACGGGGGCCUGUUGUCCAGCAGCACUGUGCCCAUGGUUCAGGCUUCCUUCCCGCAGGGGGCGCUGACCAAGAAGAUCCGCGUCGGCCUGCAGGCUCAGCCUGUUCCUGACGAUAUGGUGAGGGCGGUCCUCGGGAACAGAGCCACCUUCAGCCCCAUUGUCACCGUGGAGCCCAGGAGGAGGAAGUUCCACAAGCCAAUCACAAUGACCAUCCCGGUCCCGCCUCGCCAGGCAGAAGGCCACCCCACCGGCCACCGGGGUGACGCGGCCCCUUGCCUGCGUUUGCUCUGCAGCAUCACAGGAGGAACGUCCCCCGCCCAGUGGGAAGACAUCACGGGAACCACGCCGCUUUCCUUUGUGACCGAUUGCGUCUCCUUUACCACAAAUGUGUCGGCCAGGUUCUGGCUCGCAGACUGUCACCAGAUUCCUGAGACGGUGGGUCUAGCAUCUCAGUUAUACCGGGAGCUGAUCUGCGUGCCGUACCUGGCCAAGUUUGUGGUGUUCGCCAAGAUGAACGACCCGGUGGAGGCGCGUCUCCGCUGCUUCUGCAUGACGGACGACAAAGUGGACAAGACCCUUGAGCAGCAGGAGAACUUUGAGGAGGUGGCCCGGAGUAAAGACAUCGAGGUUCUGGAGGGCAAGCCCAUUUAUGUGGACUGCUAUGGCAACCUCUCUCCGCUGACCAAAAGUGGACAGCACCUUGCUUUUAAUUUCUACUCCUUUAAGGAAAACAGACUUCCUUUCAACGUGAAGAUCAGAGAUAUGGGCCAAGAGCCCUGUGGCCGGCUGUCAUUCCUGAAGGAACCAAAAACCUCUAAAGCUUUUCCGCAGAGUGCCAUAUGCAAUCUGAAUAUCACACUGCCGACACACAAGAAGGAUACGGAGUCUGAUCCUGACGAUGAGAAUGAAAGGCCAGAACGACGCCAUACCUUUGCCUCCUUAGCUUUGCGUAAGCGCUACAGCUAUUUGACCGACCCUGCGGCGAAAACAUCCGAUCGAAGUCCGCAAAGAACACAGCCUUCUGGCUACCCUCACAAACCUGUCUUUUCAACGAGAUCUUAUCAGGCGUGGCCGCCUGUUCCUGUCGCCGUCCCUGGCCAAGCCAAGUCUGGGUUUGGCUCCCUCUCCAGCUCAUCGUCCAACACACCUUCUGCCUCUCCACUAAAGUCUGUCUGGUCCAUCAACUCAGCCUCCCCCAUUAAAACAAACAUUCCCGGAUCACCUGUCUCUUCUGUUAAGUCAGUUAGUGACAUGGCCUCUCCCAUCCGAUCGUACAGAACCAGCUCCUCUCCCAUCAAAACUGUAGUUCAACAUGCACAGUACCCAGGCCAGGUUACCCCAAGUCCCCUGGCGUCGCCUGCAAAAAGUGCUUCAGACAGUGUGUCUAUGAAAGGACUUGCAGCAUUGUCAGCCAGGACUUCCCCUCCAGGAGGAAGUCCUCUUCUUGAGAGGACGUCAAUAGCUAUGACACCUCCAACAUCUCCCAAAUCCUCCCUCAGUAUGUUCAGUUCCCCUCUGUCAUACAAGACCGUUGUGGGGGGUUCUACUGGUACGGUAUCAUCUUCCUCCCCCAUCAAAACUGUCCCCGGCCUCUCCUCUGUCCGUUCCUUUUCCUCAGAUGUGUCAGGCCCCGCAAGGAACCUCUUCUCCUCACUGUCGUCACCACUUAAAUCCAACACCCCUCAAAGUGCUGCAGCUCUGAUCAAUGGAACUGUGUCACCAGCACAGUAUCGCUCCUCCUCCCCAACUUCUCUCCUCGCCAGCAGUCUCCAAGAAAGAAUACAAGCAACCACAAAUGCUGCGACAACAAGCGUCAAUGCAGCAUUUGAUGAGGUUGAAAAAACAUUCAAUUCUUGCUCGGCUGGCUAUGGCACCUUAAAAUCAUUGUCCUCAUCUGCAUCCUCCUCAUAUCAGUCCAUUAGGUCCUCAGCAUCCAGUUCCCUUUACAACUCAUUAAGGUCCCCUCCUAAUCCCACCACUGCUGGAACAUCCAGCACAGUGACGGUUCCUGUGUAUUCUGUUAUCCAUGUACUGCCAGAGCCCCAGUUUAAAAAGUUACCAGAGGUGUCCGGGUCAACUGCUGCUAUUCUGUCCCCACGUAAGACUGUGCCCACAGAAAUUAAUUCUCAAUUGCAGUCUCCCUUUGCCAGAACUCUUUCCCCUACCAAACCUCCACUUCUCUCGUCUGGUUUGAAGUCAAACACAUCGCCAUUGUCAUCCAGCCAAGAAAUUCUGAAAGAUGUUGCUGAUAUGAAAGAGGACUUAAUACGAAUGUCAGCUAUUUUGCAGACUGAUCCCAACUCUACUACAAGUAAAGGAUUUCAGUCUGGUUCUGCAGUGAAGGUAGAAGACGAAGAGCCAUACAGGAUUGUGGAGAAAGUAAAACAAGAUUUGGUAAAAGUGAGUGAAAUCCUGACUAAAGACACGGCCAAAGAACCAAUGGCAAGGGGGCCCUUGGAUGACAUUCGCUUCUCAAAAGUACCUGUUGAACAACCACCAAGCAACUGGAGCUAUCCACCAAGAUAUGAGACUGUGGUUCCUCAAGCAAAAGCAAAAACAAUUGAAGACAGAGAUUUCAAUCUUUCAAAAGUUGUCGAUUAUCUGGCUAAUGAUGUUGGUAGCAAUUCUUUCUCCAAAAUGCACGACACAAAGCAUACAAUAGACGAGGGCAAGAGAGAAGCGGAUGGCAGGGAGAAGCAAAAACGUGUUCUGAAACCCACCAUAGCAGUUCAAGAGCAAAAGCUCAAAAUGCCUCCAACAAGCAUGCGAUCAUCACCAUCAGACAGAGAGCUAGGUAAAGUGGCUGAUGCUCUUUUUGGAGCAGACACUGUGCUGGAAUCCCCUGAUGAUGUAUACCAUGAACAGGAUAAGAGCCCCCUAUCAGACAGUGGCUUUGAGACCAGAAGUGAAAGGACCCCUUCUGCCCCCCAGAGCGCUGAAGGCAUGGGCCCAAAGGCCCCGUUCCAGGACAUCCCUGUUCCCCCAGUGAUCACUGAGACUAGGACUGAAGUUGUUCAUGUCAUAAGGAGCUAUGAGCCCCCUGAGGAUAAUAAACAACCUGCAAUGGUGGAGGGAAAUCCCAUCAGAUAUAUUGAUACUGAGUCUAAAGGACAUCCUAAUCAAGCUCCAUCCACCUCUGAGUUGAGUAAGGGAUAUUCAGUUAAAGUAGUCCCUGAUGAGGAUCCAAUGGGUAAAGGCAUACGAUUGAAAGAGGAAACGCACAUCACUACUACCACCAGAAUGGUGUACCACAAACCAUCUGGCAAUGAAGCUGUAUCAGAGAGGUGUGAGGAAACUAUGUCUGUUCAUGACAUAAUGAAGGCUUUUCAAUCAGGAAAGGACCCUUCAAGGGAACUUGCUGGACUCUUUGAGCACAAAUCUGAGGAAACAUCGCAGAGAUUCUCUGAAGACGUCAAACCAAAGGUUGAAAGAAUAAUCGAGGUUCACAUUGAAAAGGGCAAUAAAACAGAACCAACAGAGGUCAUCAUCAGAGAGACUAAAAACCAUUCAGACAAUGAAAUGUAUUACUACCCAGGAAGUAGACAAGAGGACAGGGAACCUGAGGAACCUCCUGUAUAUUUUGACUCCAAAUUUAACACUGCCAUGCCACAUGAGGAUAGUCGCCCAAGUUCAGUCCAAUUAAUGGCAGACGAGUCUUAUAAGACCUUGAAAUUGCUUAGCCAGCAAUCUCUGGAGUAUAAUGAGGAUGAAUCAUCAGAGUUAAGGGGAGAAUCUUAUAAUUUUGCUGAGAAAAUGUUAUUGUCGGAGAAAUUUGACCAGUCCCAUCCUGACACUGAGGAACAUGUUAGAGAAAGGUCUCACUUUCUCUCACCAGGCAGAAGUCGAAAUGAGAAUAGGUCAGUAGGCCCAAGAACAGAAUAUAUCUUUCGGUCGUCACGAAAUGUGUUUGACACAUCAGGUAGAAUGGCCAGUGCUGAUGAUAACUAUGACACAAUGACAGUUUUGCAGCAUUCUUCUGAGCCUGGUAGCCCAAAGCAGUCCGUUUGGUUGCGUGUGUCAGCAGACGACACAGAGAGAAAGGAAAGAGAGCAACUAAUGUAUGAGGAGAGAGUGGAUAGAACUGUAAAAGAGGCAGAAGAAAAGCUCAGUGAGGUAUCUCAGUUCUUCAGAGAUAAAACCGAGCAGCUCAAUGAUGAGCUCUCGUCUCCGGAGAGAAAAUCUCGCAGAUCAGAUUUUAGGGAAUCACGAUCCGGGCCUAGUUCCACACAAAGUAGCCCAGAGAGAUCAGUUUAUAGGAAUGGUGCUAGUGGGGAAGAGUGGAGCAGAGAAAGAUUAAGAGACAAGUUUAGCUCUAAUGACAGGAAAUGUGCCAGUUUACCCAGUAGUCCGGAAAGGAGAGUACUUCUGCAGUCUAGUGAUUCAGACUGUAGAAAGCAGGGAGAUGGGAAAAGUGAAGGCUCAAAACCUUUUCAGAUGUCUUCUUCCAAAGUAAGCGCAGUAAGGCUCAAGUUUGAACAAGAGGCUCAAAGACAAGCUAGGGGUUCUCAAGGUGACCAAAUUUCUAAUCCUCCAGUAAGGAAGCUCCAUGAAAGUAAGCUUCCUGUGUACCAAGUAUUUGGUGGUUCUAACAAUCCCAAAACACCAGACAGUCCAAUAAGCCAGAGAAGAGUUCAAGAAAGUGACUCCAAGCUCUCACCCACACAUCAAGCCUGUGGGAAAAAUCAGGAGGACAAGAAGUUAUUCAAAACAUGGGAGAACCAUGGAUAUGGGAACUAUAAGCCCCAAUCCCCAACAUUAUCUCAAGCAUUAGUCCACGAUUCUCUAAAAGAUGAUAAUAAUAGUGAUUUACAAAGAAAGGAAACUACUAAGAAAGUUAUUUACACUGAAUUUGUUGUCAACGAGAGUCCAAAUAGCAAUGACGGUCUAAAAAAAAACUCGGAAUCUCAAAUUCCUGUAAGAAAAUCAUCUAAUUUUUCUGAAAAUCACAGAGCCUCAUCUUUACAAUUAGAUGCCACUGUUGAAUCACAUGAGCAAGCAAGCUCUCGUACGCCCGUCCUAGUUCGAAACCUGAUGCAUAGUAGCUUUGAAUCCAACAAAUCUACUUGUGGAUCAUCAGCGAAAUCCACAGACUCAGACUGUAGCCAGUCAAAUAUUACUUGUAAUGGUAUUGACAGUGACCAAAUAGAGUAUUUGGAUCACGGAACUCCUGCAGUUAUCACAGAAAGUUUCAAAGGUAUCAAACCCUUACCUGUGUACGUCAGCAUUGAAGUGGGCAAGCAGUAUGAGAAAGAAACAGCUUCCGGGCAGCUGGGAACAUACAAAAAAAUAGUAAGCCAUGAGAGUAGGACCAUACAUGAGACCAGGGGAACAUUUUACACAGUCAAACAAAAGCAGUCUCCAUCUCCCCAAGGUAAUCCAGAAGAUGACACUCUAGAACAAGUGACAUUCAUGGACAGCUCUGGGAAGAGUCCUGUUACUCCCGAGACGCCAAGCUCAGAGGACGUUAGCCUGACCUCAAGAAUGCCUGACUUUGUGAUUGGCUCCAUGGCUGGCAUGCCAAGUCCCAUCCCAGAGGAGUCAGAAGAGGAAGACGGUAAGACCUUCAUCUACAAGGAGCCUUCAAGGGAAAAAUCUAAGCAAUUAGCUUCAGAGAAUAACAGGAAGAAACAGGAAGUGGGGAAACAGAAGUCAAAAGGGGAGAAGAGAGUUCCUUAUAUAGAGUUUCCACCACCUCCUCCUUUGGACACAGAGCAGUCAGACCCUGAGAAAAGAAAGUCUUGUGCAUCCUCUGAGACAGAGACAGAAAUGAUGGAAGUAAACCUCCAGGAGGAGCAUGACAAUCACUUUUUAGCCGAGCCAAUCAUAAGGGUCCAGCCUCCAUCCCCCAUUCCUCCCGGAGCUGAUAACAGCGACUCCAGUGAUGAGGAGUCUGUCUUCCAUCCCAUCCCUAUCAAAAAGUACACCUUCAAAAUGAAAGAGGAGGGGGAGAAACGCUCAAAACACCGAAAAUCAGAGAAGAAUGGAAAUAAGGAGGUUGGGAUCAAUUGUGUUGUCAAGGGGGAGGAUGAUGAAAUGGAACAAAAUGGGAAUGACCAAUCACUCACUGACUGCUCCAUAGCAACCACUGCUGAAUUUUCCCAUGACACUGAUGCCACUGAGAUUGACUCAUUAGAUGGUUAUGAUUUUCAGGAUGAGGACGAUGGACUGAGUGAGGACCCAAAAACAUCCAGUCUAUCCAAUGAUGGAAAAACAGCUGAUCGCUCCUUCGGUCUGUCUAAGCUGGAAGUGAUUGAAGAAGAGAAGUGUGAGGAUGGAGGAAAUACAGGGACUUCAAAAAACAAUCCAUCUUCUACAAAAAGCAGUGGAGAAGAAAUAGAUUACACCCUUGAAGGAAGACAUCCAGAAAGGCAGAGCUUCGCAGACAACUACUUUGGGUACCAACUUGAAGAGGAGCUAAACUCAACCUUUAAAACAGUAGCCACAAAAGGCCUCGACUUUGACCCCUGGUCCACCAAAGGGAGCGAUCAUGAUGGAGUUUAUGACUCCAAAACCAAAGACGAAGAUCCCAAGCCCUUUGGUUUAUCGGUGGAGGACAAAUCACAGGCUACAACACCUGACACAACACCUGCUCGAACACCGACUGAUGAGAGCACACCAACUAGUGAGCCUAACCCCUUCCCUUUCCACGAAGGGAAGAUGUUUGAGAUGACCCGCAGUGGUGCUAUUGACAUGAGCAAGCGGGACUUUGUUGAAGAGAGGCUUCAGUUUUUUCAGAUUGGUGAGCAUUCCUCUGACCCUCUAACAGGGGAAAAGGGGAGAGGGGGCAAGAUCCUGGGUGUAAUUUCCUCUCAAUCAAAAACAGGGGAGAGGGCCACAGUAGAUGGGAAGGUGAAGGUUAUAGAUACAACCACAGGCAGCAGCACAACACCAGCAGCAGCAACAGCAAAAUGCAGCCCUUCGCACCCUGGCAGUGACACUGGCUAUGCUGGUACUGAAGUACCCACCUGUGAAGCCAUAGCUGAAAACGCAUCCUCGUGCACAAUCACAGCCUCCAAGGUUGAUCCAAAAUUACGCACCCCUAUUAAGAUGGGCAUAGCUGCCUCUAUAACUGUGAAAAAAGACUCAGGGGAUCUCACCGAUUUUAAAGCUGAGAUAUCAGAGGGCCAGAUGGUGCCAGAAUAUAUCAGUAUAGAGGGUCAGUGUACGGAGGGCCUGUCUAGCAAAGACAUAGAGGCCAAGUCAGAGAGAAGAGAUUACCCCUCUGAAAACAGCAACAACAAUAAUAACCUCGAGUCCUCCAGCAUUCAGGCCAACUACAUUCAGUGUGGCAGUGUGGUGUUCAAUCUGCAGUCCUCCUCUGAGCCCACACUUCAGAAAGCCAGCAGGAUAGAAACAUUGUGUUGUAGGGAUUUAGACGAGAAAGUAGAAAUCAGUAAUAGCAGUCAAGUGCAGCCGCAGCAGCAGCAAAGUGUACCAGUUAAAGAGAGUGAAGUGAAGCUGCCCAGGUCCAGGCUUCCAGUGAAAGCAUCAGGGCGGUCGAUUCACACCCAGGGAUCAGCCAUAGGCAAGCAGAAGCCCAAACAAGCAGUAAAAAUUGAAACCAGAAAAAGGGGAGAGCCAGCCAUUGCCAAAGUUGAACCAAGGUCUAGGAUACCAGUCAAGGAUAUUAAGAAGGGCAGCUCCAAAGCCGCAGCUAGCUCACCACAUUCAGUUAGGGUUACCUCACGGCCAACAAGGCCAUUGGCUAGUGAAAGAGCAGCCAUAAGGUUGCCCUCGAGGUUACCACUGAAGGAUAGGCAUCAGGUCGGUAAGGCGUCAGGUGAGGGAACGUCCAGGCAGGAGAGACAGGAGAACCCUAGCGAGGUUUGUAAGCGCACCAUUGAAUACUUUAAAGACAUUAGCGGAGAGACGAUAAAGUUGGUGGACCGCCUGUCAGACGAGGAGAAAAAGAAGCAGACAGAGCAGUCGGAGGAAGACAGCACCUCUCGGAGCACCUCUCUGUCAGACACCUCGCAGCCUUCCCAACCGUCCCAGCCCUCCCACUCGUCCAAGUCUGGUAGAAGUUCGAGGGCUGAAGCCGGGGCCCCAUCCGUAGGGGCAAAGGUGGCGACGACGGACAGGGCCUCUGGCAGUCAGAGGAGCAGGAGGAGUAGGCGGACUGGUGGGAAGGAGGGCAGUCAGGGACUCACAGGGUCUCGAACACCUCCCAUCGCAGAGAUCAAGCCUAGUCCCCAAAGUCCUUGUGAGCGGACAGAUUUGCGUAUGGCCAUUGUAGCAGAUCACCUGGGACUCAGCUGGACAGAGCUGGCUCGGGAGAUGAACUUCACGGUAGAUGAGAUCAACCACAUUAGAUUGGAGAACCCCAACUCACUGACAGCACAGAGCUUCAUGCUAUUAAAGAAGUGGGUCAGCCGGGAAGGGAAAAACGCCACAACGGAUGCCUUGACUGCAGUGCUGACCAAAGUCAAUCGGAUGGAUAUUGUGACUUUGCUGGAGGGCCCAAUUUUUGACUAUGGUAACAUUUCCGGCACGAGAUGUUUUGCUGAUGAUCAUGCGGUUUUCCGGGAUCAGGCUGAUGAUUAUCAGAGCAUUCUAGCCGAGUUGCAUUCCCCCGCUGCACUGCACUCCGACCCACAUUUCCUGGUGCCUGAACUUCCCGUCACACCCAACCCUUCCCCUGUCCACCACCAGCACUACCAUUACCCACAGCCCGACUGCCCUUGGCCGGUCGACUCCCAGCCUCAGCCCCCACUGUGGAGCCCAGAGAUAAAGCCUUGUAGCUCACACGAGAGUCCCGCUAGAUCCUGUCAGCUUGCCCUGUCCCUUUCGGCUUUUGACCUCCCUGAUCGUGUCCCGUCCAAGGUGCAAAAGCCCCAUAUCGCCCUGAACGACCAGCUGCUUUUGAGCGAGGAGGAGGACAGAUCUUAUCGAGAAAUGGAGCGGAGCCGCAAGCCCAAGUCACACACUGUCCCCGCAAUGUGUGAGUUAGACGUCAGCAUGGCCUACUCAACAUCAUCCUCUUCAGUCUCAUCUGCAUCAUCAGUAACCCCUUCAACACCUGACAGAGCACAAAUGGGAGAUAGAAAUGUAAUACAUGUGGACAUGUAUAUUAGAGGAGAAGUGUCAAAAGGAAAGGGUAAGGUCGAUGAGACGGUUGCGGUGGAGGGAAAUGUAUUUGUGGAAAGCUGGGUAGAGCAGGACUUGAUUAAAAAUGUGGAAAGAAAAUGUGAGAUGGUGACAAAGGAUAGGUGUCACCACGAGGCGGAAAAGAACAUUUUGACAGGACAAAAAGAAGAGGCAGAGGAGCAGAUUAAUGUGUUGGGAGCUGGGUUAGUAGUUGAGACUGACAAAGAGGGUAUAGAUGAAACAGCCAAGGUACAGCAAGUAGAAGUGAACAAUGAAGAAACGGUCCACCGUGGGGACAGUACGGAUACGGAGGUUGCUGAGAAAGUACUGCGAUGUGAAGCCAGAGGCACUUGCCAGGCAAGCCAGGACAAGUCUGCAAGUGACUUGACCCUUCAGGAAUGGGCUGAGGCCCUUUGGGACCAUCAGCCCACCGAUUAUGAGUCUAAUGAGGAGGAGGAUGGAGGAGGAAAUAAUGAGAUCCCAAAAAAGGAUUUUGGUUCCCGACAUGAAAAGAUGAAGACUGAAGGCUCAGAGGAGGAGGAGGAGGACCUGGAGAUGACUACCAAGGCCAGAGAUCUGGAGAUUCCCAAUCGAACUGAACAGCCAGAAAAAGACAUGUGCUCGCUUUCAGGUUGGCAGAGUGACUCAUCCAGCGUAAACGUGGAGCCACCAACGCCGGGCCGCAGCUCGGAUCUGCUGGACAAGCGGGAAAGCCACGAGAACUCGAGCGAUUCAGUUACUUCCUCAUCCAGAGGCGAAUCAGGGAGGUCCCGGCAGAACGGCGACAACUCAAGAACCUCACCUCAGAGCGGCUCAUCAGAGUCAGUGAAUGGCAGAAAGGAAGAGGGAACGCUGGUGUCUGAGAAGAAAGUCCAGCAGCGAGUUAGUGUAGAGUCCGGAUCCGAGGAAGAACAGACAGUAACCACGAGAAUCUUCAGACGCCGGCUCAUUCUAAAGGGCGAGGAAGCUAAAAACAUAUCAGGCGAGUCUGUGACCGAGGAGCACUACUUGGACCAAGACGGUAACCUCGUCAGUAGAAAAGUCAUCAGGAAGGUAAUCUGCCGAAUGUCUAGCUCCUCAACAGACAACCACAGGUGCCACAGGGACCUUCACAAAAGUUCCAUCCUGCAGAACGACGGGCCUGAGAAAGAAGGAGGGUCGAGGACCAGCAGGCGAAUGGACGAGAGGAGGCCCGGAGAUAAAAAGUUUCACUCAUAGGGAUGGAUGGUUGUUCUCUCCACCAGCCAUAUGGGGACAUAUUCCACGUUGCUGGGAACAGGGGAUAUAUGAGGGCUGAGGUGUUCCAGUUUGAGGACUUGAGUCCAGCCAGCAUCCGCUUCCAACGAACGGGCUUCACGAGAUGAGAGGAGUCAAACCCUCCUCUUGACCCUAAAAGGCAUGAGCAUGAACUAACUCCCUGUCAAUCAAAGGGCCUGAGAGGGUGAACGCUCGGACCACAGAACCCACGGGCGAGCAUUCCGCUUCCUGUUUUUUGGCACGAAAACGGUAGAAUCUCUCCAUUGGUGUUUCGCUAGGGCUUUCGGGGGAAGCCCUCUGGGGUGCAGGGGGACUCCUUCGAUCACAUCCAUACAACUAGGUGCAACCGUUGACCAAAGACGGCGCAAUUUACUACAGAGGAAAUAUGAAGAAGACACAAUAUGAUCUAAUGGAACACGUCAGCCAACUUCAACAUGUUCAACACUGGCCUUAUAGUUUUUCUUCUUGAACCCACUGUUGUCAGGAUGUUAACUGUUUAGGGACUUUUUUCUUCCUUUUUUAAACUAAGAAAACAAGACUUUCUGUAUAUAGUCAGAAUGUGUACAAUUUUUGUAAUAUACUACUGGUAGGGUGGGGUAGGGUCACAUUGGGGUGUGGUAUCUUUUCAAGUGCUUUGGUAAUCCACUGAAGCAAUUCCACUUUUCAAAGAUUUGCGUGUAACACAGGUUCUUGUAAAAAAAUAAUAAUUUAAAAAAAAAAAAUAGAAGACAUAUUAAAGCAGGUAUAAUGUUUGUACACGGACUGGUUUGAUUUUAACUGGAGGACAUUUCCAGAAAAUCAGUGUUGGGUCAGUCCCAUAGUGGGAUCUAAUCCCGCAGCCUUUCAAGAGUAUUUUCACGCAUGCUGUUCACAUUAUUUUAAGUACAAUUUCUACAAGUUUGCAAAAGCACUGUAUGAAAAAAGGCCCUUUUAUCUGUGUAUACACGUAUAGCCCUAAUGUUUGUCACUGGUUUUAUAUUUUAAAACGGACAAGGAUGGCAUUGAAGCGUUUAUUUUUUGUUUGUUGUUGUUGUUUGGUAGGGUAAGGAUGGGGGGAUAAUAGCGUGUGUAAAACUGGAGGGGCAUCUUGGGAGCGGAAUAAUCUCGAAUGUAAGCACUAGUAGGCUGGCUCGCUAUACAACACUGUAACCGUAUAUUGUGUGUUAUUGGCUAUAAGGUAUAAGAGUCGCUGUACACUGUUUAGACCGUGUCGUCUCACAAAUACUGUGUGGUUUCAAAUGACAAAAAAAAAACAACAACAAAAAAAUGGGCAUUUCCCCCACCCCCAUCAAUCUUUUUGGGUGACACAGCUCUCCAUUUAAAACCCACUCAGAGAUUAUUUUUGACUGUAGCUCUAUAUAGCAUCUUGAAAAAACACUGGAUGGUCAACAGAGGCUGUUAUCUAAGCAUCAAAUAAAUUGUGUUUGACUUGAGACCGUGUGGUAUUUAGGCAAGAGAUUCUGUAUAUGCAGUGUCGAUUAGAAUCAUUUCCAUCUUUUGUGUGUUGGUUUUCGCGGACCCAUAGAUCAAGUGUGUUCAGUAUCAAUAUGCUGAUGCCAAUGCUGUGGACAUUAAAACUAUGUGACUUUUUCUUUUUCUGGUGGGUGGUACACAUCCCCUUACUCCUCUCAAGUCUAUCAGGGGCUCGAUGAUCCUUUGGUAUGGUUGGACUAUCGAUUUUCUUUCAUAUGUGUUUUCACCCAGGCGGACUUUUUGAUGUACAUUUCUUACUAACAGAGUGAAGCCAUUGAAAUGUAAUAAUAAUUCUAGCACUUUGGUUACCCGAGGUCUUUUAGAGGCGAUAACAGCGGCGAGGACACCACAAAUGUUUAAAAUGUCUUUCGAGAAAAAAAACAGACUCAAUAUCGACCUAAAAAAGACAAAAAUAAAAAAGCAUUGGUUUUGCAAUACAGUUUC